AUGCCUGUGGAGGUCAUACGUUACACUCCGGAGGAGUUGCUUCACCUGCGCGAGUCACCCCUCAUCCAGAAGCCCGAUGGCCUGCCCGCGAUAGAACAAUGGAUGGAACCUGCGCCCGAGCAGAACCAGCGCAAAGGAGGGCGCACGCAAGGUGGCCGGAAUGACGACACGGCGCAAGCCGGCGAGAAUGGCCAGCGCACGUCGCUGUUCCCCAACAAGCAUUUCACCCGCCACUCGAGCACAGCCCCCGAGGACAUCGUGCUAGGACCUCCCAAAAUGGCCUUCGCCUCGUCGCGUGUCAAGCUGGCCGACUCCAACGACAAGGACGAGGAUGCCGAUGCCCGCGCCAAGGAUAUCCGUGACAAGUUCUUCAAGGACCGUGAGGAGCGCAAGAACGGCGCGCUGAACGGCCGCCGUGGCCGCGAGGAAGGCGAAGGUUGGACCAACGUGCGCGGCCGCAAGGCUUCGUUCAGCGAGGAUCCCGACCGCCCGCCUCGCAUCGGCGGCCGCUUCAACCGCGAGCCGGAUGGAGACGAGCCUGGCCCCCGUCGCAACGGUGCUCGGGGCAGGUUCGAACAGCCCUGGGGCCGUGAUGCCGUCGACACCAAGGACGCAGACACUGGACAUGGCAGUUGGCGCGACCGCGGCAACGCUCGCGACCGUGACUGGACCCGUGGCAGCAAUAACCACAAUCGCUUGGAGGAGGAGCCCGAGUGGAUGGACUCUACUCCCGUCAAGAAGAAGGACGAGAUCGGCAUGGCUCGCUUCUCGCGCAACAAGGGUACGGAAUGGAUGGAUGAUGCUCCCAAGGACGACAAGAAGCCACACACCCAGGAAGACUUCCAGCGCUGGAAGGAGCAGAUGAAGGCCGGAAAGGUUUCGGAUGAGAAGGAGAACGUCCCUGAACCUGCUCCCGCCAAAGACACGCCGACAUCGUCCAAGCCAAUCACGCCCAUGCUCCUCGACGGAAAGGACAUGUUCGGUAUGUGGGGUGCUGCAGCUGUCAGGCAGGAGAGCCCGGCAGCAACAGAAGGUGCUCCAGCGCCGCCCAAGCCCAAGGCUCCCACCAAGCAGUCCAAGUUUGCCAAGCUCUUCUCUCCGCAGGAGGAGCAGCAGCAGCAGCCUCUGCAGCAGAUUCAGAUUCCGACCGAUUCCAUUGCUGGUGCGCCCAAUGGCAAUAACGAGGAUAAGGAAGGUUUCCAGCGUAUUCUGCAGAUGCUUGGUAGCACAAGUAUCAGCACCCAGUCGCCCUCUCAGCAGGGCUCCGCAGCUCCAAGCAGGAAGCAGUCCCUCUUCUCUCCUCUUGAGACGCGCUCUCCCGAUCGUGAUACCGUGCACGUCCAGCCCCAGCCCACCCGCCACCAUAUCCUUAGGUCGCGCGAGGAGAAGGCUGGCUUCAUCGAGUCCGUCCUUGCUCCUCGCGGAACGCCCACGGAGUUCAAGGCCCCUCAGAACGCCUUUGGACCCUUCACUCCCGCUGGCGAGCCUGGCCAGGAGCAGAUGCGCCAAGAGCCGCGCCCUGAGAGCAUUCGUUCUCCCGAAGAGCGCAUGCAGCAAGCGACGCCUAGCAGCAAUGGCAUGAGCAACUUUGGCAUCCAGGGCCUGAUGUCGUCUCAGCCUCCGCCUCACGCAGCACAGCUUUCCAGAGAUAGGGAAUUCCUGCUCAACCUCAUGACUCAGCCGCAGCGCAAUACCCCGCCUCAACCGACGCAAGCUCGUCCGCCGCAGCCUGAGCUCUUCACCAACUUCAUGGAGUCCAAGGCGAUGCCUCCUCGUGGAAACCCUCCUCCCGGCCUGUUCGAUGACCGCCAGUUCCCCGAGAAUGACGUUCGCUACCAGCCCCAGCCACAGCGUCGCAUGCCCGAGAACCCUGAGAUCGAGAACGCCAUGCGCCGUGCGGGCCGUUUCAACCUUCCCGUCCACCCCGGUCUUGACGAUCCUGCGAUUGCCGGCCUUCAGCGCAGGAACACUGGCGAUGCCGGCAUUCCCCGCGGCCAGCUGUCCAACAUGGGCAUCCCUCAGCAGGGACCUCCCGAUCAGAUGUGGUCCAUGAAGCCUCCUGGUCUCCAGCAGCCGCAGGAUCGUCCUCCCGUCUCGAGUAUGGCUCCUCCUCCUGGCUUCCCUGCGGCCAACCGUGGUCCUCCGGGCUUUGGCGGUCCGAACAUGCCUCCUUUCUCGGCUGGCAACACUCCUCUUGGCCACCCCGGCAUGCGUGGUCCUCCUGGUCAGGGUCCGCCUUCUGCCGGUCCCGGCCCCUCUCCAAUGUUCAGCCCGCCCGGCCACGGCGGUCCUCCCCACGGCUACUUCGGCCCCCCGCAGGGUCCUCCGCCGCCUCCCGGCUUCGGUGGUCCCGGCCCUGGCCCCAUGGGAAUGAACGGCCCCGGAGCGCACCACGAUCACCAGGUGCAGCAGAUGCUCGGACUUCGCGGCGGCGUGGGCGGUCCGCCGCCGGGUAUCCCCGGUGCCAUGGGCAUGGUCGGACGUGGUCCGGGCGGCCCCGGCCCGAACGGAUUCGACUUCUUCGAGAACCAGAGGAGGGGCAGCCAUGUUCAGGGUCCUUUUGGACUUUAG